AUGCUUGACCCAUCUCGUCCACUCAACACCUCUCACAUCCCUCACCCUCCCGUCCAUGCCUUCCCUGCUACCCCCCUCCAUUUUCAGCCUCUUGAUGUCUCUCGAGCUCGACUCCCCAUUCGCCCGUCGUCCCAUCAUCAGCUUCCAAUCGAAUCACACCCCGUUCCAAUUUUUUUCAUGCCCCUCCAGACGUCUCUCGAGCUCGACUCGCCAUUUGCCCAUCGCCCCAUCAUCUGCUUCCACCAUACUCACGCGCCCCUCCCUCCCGUCCACCUCUUCCCCGCUCUCCACUCACUCUCUCUCCUCAUCCAUGCCUCAAAACUCACCCCCCUCACUCGCGCCUCCUCCCUCACCUCCCUCACUCUCUGGAACCCCGCUCCCUUCACCCUCUCCUCCCUCGCCGCCUCCUCCUCCUCUCUCCGCCUCUCCCUCAAAUCCCUCUCCCUCCACUCCGCAAAGCUAGAGUCCUGCCUCUCACCCCUCCGCCACUUCCCCGCCCUCGCCUCUCUCUCCUUCCUCUCCUGCUCCAUCAAUCCCUAUGAGCUUCACACUCUCUCUCGCUCCCUCCACACUCUCACCCACCUUACCAUCCACGACUGUCCCUUAGUCUCUAGCCAUUCUCUAGCCGCUCUGGUUCAGGCCAACCCUGCUCUCUCCUCUCUCUCCCUCCACGGCACCUCCUACCGUCUCUUCAGUGCGCAGGGUUACCGCUCACUCCUCCACCUCUCCGCACCCCGCUUGAACGCACUUGACCUCUCUGGGCUGCCGUCCUUUCGCCCCGGCAUGCUUGCUCACUGCAGCGGCCUUCAUUCCCUCUCCUUGGUAGGAAAGCCGGAAACAAUCUCUGUGCAAAGGGAGAGAGGUGGUGAGACCGGGGCAGGGGACGGGAGGGGUGGAGGAGGGAGGGAGGGAGAGGGGGGUGAGAGGGUUGAAGAAGGGAGGGAGGGAGAGGGGGACGUGGAGGAAAGGGUGGUGCUUCAGCAAGUGUCGUUUGAGAGUCUUGUGGCGGAGAUUAAAUCCGCUUCGAAUAAAAUCAGAUCUGCGAUUUCGAUGUGCAAGGCGCUGCGGGUCGCGGUUUCUGAGCAAGACGCGGCGACUGCGAGAGAGGAUGGGGUGAUAGACGCGUUUGUUGCUGCCAGGACUGCAGGCGUGUUUGUGGAUAGUCUGGAGAGGGCUAGUAUGGAAGGGGAGGGCGAAGGGGGAGGUAGAAUGGCUCGGCUGGAAGACUUUGAUGGAAUGCUGCCUGAUGAAGACUCGCUCAGUGAUGGUUCUGACAGUGCUUUUGGUGCUGAUGCUGCUGAUGGUGCUGAAGGGAGUGACGGUGAGGGUGAGAGUGGGAGUGAACCUGGAGGUGUUGCAGGUGCGGCUGACGCACGGAUGCAGGCUUUAAGUGCGAUGGAGUCGCUGCUGCAGCAGUUUAAUGAGCAGUUGAGUGUGGCCCUGGCGAGUGUCAGAGCCAUGCGCCAUCCCCGUCGGACCGGUAACGGCCGCCUUGCUGCUGUUGAUGGUGAUGAUGAUGCUGGUGCUGGUGCUUCUGGUGCUACUGCUGCUGCUGCUGCUGCUGCUGCUGCUGCUGCUGCUGCUGCUGCUGCUGCUGCUGCUGCUGCUGCUGCUGCUGCUGCUGCUGCUGCUGCUGCUGCUGCUGCUGCUGCUGCUGCUGCUGCUGCUGCUGCUGCUGCUGCUGCUGCUGCUGCUGCUGCUGCUGCUGCUGCUGCUGCGGCUGCUGCUGCUGCUGCUGCUGCUGCUGGUGAUGAUGCUGGUGCUGCUGCUGAUGGUGCUGCUGCUGUUGCUGCUGGUGGUGCUUCUGCUACUGCUGCUGCUGCUGCUGCUGGUGAUGCUGCUGAUGGUGCUACUGGUGCUGGUGAUGGUGCUGCUGCUGCUAGUGCUGGUGGCAGCAGGCAAAUUGGCAGCUCAAAACCAGUCAGCAACAGCAGAGCUGCACGGGCCAGCGGAAGCAUGACAGGCAAAUCAAGUGGCAGCGGCACCACCAAAAGGGGCAUUGCUGGGAUUCCUGUGGAAGUUAUCUGUCCUCCCUUACAAUCCUUAACCCUCCGGGACUUUCAAUUCACCCGAACCAUUCCCGAGCCUGCCUGGCUGCCUCUAUCCCUUCCCUCUGCCUCGCCUCUCAUGUGCCUCGUGGAUUCCCACGAAUCCCGUCAUGCACCCCCCUCGCCACUUCCCUCAACUCCCUCUUCCUCCCGCUCCUCUUCUCGCUUCUCUCCUGCUGCCGUGUCAACCAUUUCAAGCCUGAGCGCGCAGCCGCAGUCCUUUGAAUCCGUGGCACUAGCUGCUGUUUUUUGCGGCCUGAAGCGCCUCUCUCUAGUAUCGUGCUUCUGCCUGAAGGAGGAGCAGCUGCUGCUGCUGCUGCUGCUGCGUGCCUGCCCCGCGCUGGUGGCUUUAAUAGUCGAACACAGUGAGGACUUUUCGGAUCGGGUGGUGGCGAGAAGCAAGUUGCAUAUGCUCACAGAUUUGACUAUGCUUGAGUGUGAUGCGAUCACUGGCGAGGGGGUUGGAGGGCUGCUGGGAAGCUUCCCGAAGUUGCGUGAUUUGAAGGUGGAGGCAAGAAAGGUUGGUGAAAGGGCGCGCAGGGGGUUGCUUCGUGCGGGUGUGGUUCUGAGCCAUGGGUGA